AGUGCCAGUGUCAGUCUACUUUGUAGUUGUCCCUUUUUUUAUGUUUUGAACUAAUUUGAGAAGAACAAAUAAGGUUUUAGCCUCUCUCUUCUUCCUCUUGUACGGUAGAAUAAUUUUAUAACAGACCAUUCCGAAGGUUCUGGCGUGAUAUCUGAAUCGCAGCAAAAAUGGCCGAAUCAGCAGAAUUCCUAUUCCCUUUGGACAAGCUGAAGGAUCUCCUUAACAGCAAUAACAGCAAGUACGAUAUUCACGAAUCGGAUCUCUUAUCGCGCAAUCUCCGUCUGCGACCCCUGCACAAGGAGGACUUCAGCAAAGGCUACCUGGAUCUGCUGGCCCAGCACACGAAGGUGGGCGACGUAUCCGCAGCCAAAUUCGCCGAGCAGUUCCAAACGAUGCAAGCCUACAAGGAUAUCUACUACAUUGUCGUCAUCGAAGAUCUGGCAGCGCACAAGAUUGUCGCUACGGGCACGCUGGAGAUUGAGCAUAAAUUCAUCCAUUCCGCAGCGCUGCGUGGACGUAUUGAGGAUGUGGUAGUGGAUCGGGAAGCCAGCAUCAAAGAUUAUCGCUAUUCUCAGGGAAAUUUGGCUGCGGUGAUUAUGGAUGUGGUAACCACUAUGGGGAAAGUGUUGGGCUGCUAUAAAAUUUCCCUGGAAUCGGAGGACAAUAUUAUCAAGUUCUACGAAAAGUUUGGGUAUAAAGUGGAGCCAGGACAGAACUACAUGGCUGUGCGAUACCGAAGCUGAAUGGCUGCCGAUGCUUACGUUGGAUCUGGCAUUAUUUUUUUAGCGUCGUCACUACACGUCCCGGUGUGUGCGUAUAAUGAUUCGUUUUCCCGGUUUUUAUAAAUCGUUCAAGAAUACAACUAUGAAUUGCUACCCAGUGUUAAUUUUUAAUACAUUCCAAAAAUAAUUUUCUUGAAUUCUUUCCGCAUUCUUUUUUGGUUUCGUCGGAGGUGAAACUUGACAGACUUGGUUUUUUUAUUUGCUUUAGUGUGCUGUUUUAUGGAACGCCUAUCGAGUUGACCGUGGCAGUGUUGAGAAACAGAUGAUAUGAUAUUUAGUGCGUCUUUUAUUCAGAAAGAAAUUAAAAACUUUAGCAUCA